AGAGGAAUCGACGGAUCAUCGUCAGAGGAGAGAAUGAUAAGGCGCGGGGGAGCGUCGGGCGUUGAGGGAUCGUGGAUGUAGGGGACGGUUUUCCGGGCCCGGAGCAUGUCCAGGUACGACUGGGGAUAGACAUGGGUGUGGAUAUCGACGAUGAAUGGCAUGCUUGUGUUACAUAUAACUCACCAGCAUCUACAGUUGUAGAUAUGGAUGACAUACAGAUUCCAAUUAUCGACUUCGCGCCCUUUCUAUCCGGCACGCCAGCAGAAAAGCAUUCCGUGGCUCUUUCUGUGACCGACGCAUUCAAAAACUCGGGUUUCCUCUAUCUGAAAAACCACGGAAUACCGCCAUCAGUUGUAUCCGACGUAUUCGCCUCGUCAGCACGUUUCUUCGCUCGACCGCAGGAUCAGAAAGACAGUCUGCGCUGGACCGGUCCUGAAACCAACCGCGGGUAUAUCGCAACAGGACAUGAGAAACUGGCUCCAUUAGAGGACACCGCUGGGAUUGGAGGCCUGCGAGUUACCAGUCCAGACCUCAAAGAAUCAAUGGAGAUUGGAAAGGACGGGGUAGCCAGCGCACUGAACCAAUGGCCUGACCAUAUUGACGAAGAAGGACAGUCCUUCAAACGAACAAUGCUCUCAUUCUCCGAUACCUGCAAUACCCUAAAAAUGCAAAUCAUGCAAGCCAUCGCCCUGGGCAUGAAUCUCCCGGAGCACUUUUUCGACGAAUACAUCGACGCAGGGGACAACAUCCUCCGUCUGUUACACUACCCACCAGUCCCCAAAGACAUCUUCCAGCGACAACUGGGACAAGUCCGUGCCGGGGAGCAUAGUGAUUAUGGUUCGAUAACGCUACUGUUUCAGGACGCUCGGGGCGGGUUGCAAGUGCGCAGUCCGAAGGGAACGUUUGUAGACGUUACUCCGAUCCCGGAUACUAUUGUUGUUAAUGCGGGUGAUUUGCUCGCGAGGUGGGCUAAUGAUGCUAUCACGAGUACGCGGCAUCGGGUUGUUGAGCCGCCUGCGUCUGUGUCGGCUGGGGAUGAGAAGGACUAUCCUGCACGGUAUAGUGUUGCUUAUUUCUGCAAUCCAAAUAUGGACCAGGUUAUUGAAGCGCUGCCGGGGACGUAUGAUGAGCAGAAAGGAAGAAAGUAUCCGGGCAUUAAGGCUUCGGAUUACCUUAUUCAACGGCUGGGUGCGACUAUAUGAGUUUGUUUUGGGGAUGAAAUUAUCCCGAAAAGUCAAAUGGACUGUUCAUGAAGUCGUAUAUACUUGGAGAGAU